AUGGACGGACAACGUCAGCAAUAUAUCCCUGGAGCUCCCAUGGGAACCCUUCCGCAGGGUCAUAUCCCCUUCCCUCCUCCUCCGCCACGAACUCAAGCCUCUCAUGGCAUCACUAUACCUCCGCCACCCGGGCCUCCACCAUCUUCAUCAUACGCGCUUCAGGGGAUGCAGCAGAACUGGUCAAGGCAAGGGAUGAACCAACAAUACCCGCCUCCACCUCCGAUGCCGGUAAACCACGCUCAGAAUCAGCAUCUGGCAGCAUACCAACAACAACGAAAACAAGGACCUCUUUCUAUACCGCCUACCAUGAGCACCGAAGAACAGCCUCUUACAUCCGCUACCUACGUCCCAGGAAAAUGGACAUUCGGUCCAGGUGUAGGAAUCCCGCCUCUUGUCCCGCACGAAUCUCAUUAUCAGUUUGGCGGCCAGGAUCCUUACCUUUCUCAACAACAACAAGAUUUCGGGGCAUUCAGACAACAGUAUUACAAGCAGCAGCAACCAAAUGAAGGGAUGGCUCAGCACCACCUGGCUCAAAGACCAUAUCAACUAUCAAUACCUCAGUCCACGCAACUAGACUCGAUUCCUACUGGGCCAACCGUCACGACAACAUAUAUCCCGAACCCUCAGGCAGCGAUUACUUCCUCCGAUAUUCAACAUAACAACCAAACGUUUAACACUGCUAAUGCGACCACGUCAAAUGGAGUAUCCCGUAAUGGGGACGCAGAAAAAUGGCCUUUGGACCGGGUGUUGCUCUGGCUUGCUGACCACGGCUUUUCGCAAGAUUGGCAGGAGACAUUCAAAGCAUUGGACCUAAAAGGCUCUGCAUUUCUUGAGCUGGGAUCCAGGGGCAACCUUGGCAAGAUGCAUCAAGUGGUGUACCCUCAACUAGCAAAGGAGUGUGUCAAAAGCGGGACCGGUUGGGAUCAUCCCCGUGAACGGAAAGCAGGGAACCGCAUGUGUAAACUUAUUCGGCAGAUCUCUAGCACCCCUGCGCCUGAAACCGGCGGGAACUGGCACUACGAGAACACGGCUUCACAUAGUGCAUCCACAGAUGGUGGGAUAGAAAACUCACCCAUCCCAAACAGGGAGCCCAUGUCGGCUGUCUCGAUCAGUCAUACCUCUGAAAACAGCCCUGGGCCCCAGUUUGCUGAAGUUGACACAUCAAAUACUGCACAGAGGCAGUUUCCGAGUCAACAUAUGAUUGUUCCGAACGCUGAUACUACGAUAAUCGAUGGUAGUGGACAGGAUGGCACUCUGCGACGAAAGCAAAGCCCGUCGGUUUCAAGCGACAUUGGCUUCCCACCGCCAACAUACUCUGACAGCAAAUCUCAUGCUAACAGCCCUGCGGCUCAAUUUGCAUCCAUUACUUCUUCCAACCAUCACAAUAAACGAAAUAGCUCUGACUCAACUAUGAGCCGUGGCUUAUCUUCUCAGGGCGGAGUUGCUGCCAAUGGCCCAAAUUCCUCUAUUCGGACCAGCAUCGGUGCUGCACUCGGAGACUGGCGCCCUGGUCACAAUUCAUCUCCACAAGAGCAACCAAAACUAGUGAACGAGGCUUCGCAUACUCAAGGCAAAAGCCUGUUCCACAUAUUUCGGAAAAAGAAUAACCAUGAGAUCCAUCAUCAAUACCCCGAUGAGACGUUUGAUUCUCCAACAAGCCCUGGGUUAGGUGUCCGUAAUAAUUCAUUAUUUUCAACUUCCAGCCACAUACCAUCAACGAUACCAGACUACGACAAACCCCAGGCCCAAUCGUGGGGUACGCCAACACCUUCACCAGCCAAGAAAUUUGUAUUGGGAACAGUUGAUGGAUGGAACUUCCGUUUGAUUGACGUUUCCGACGUUGAUGCUGCUGAUUCGCUCAGGGCACUUAUCUGCAAUAGUGUUGGUAUCAAAGACCCUGGGAGUGCUUUGAUUUACCUCACCGAACCCGGACAGAUCAUGCACGAAGAACCUCUCAGCGAUACCAUGUUGGUUGUCAAUCGUCGUGCUAGAUCUGAUCAUUUAGGGAGCUUGAAGUUUUUCAUCCAGAGCAUUGCAAUGCCUGCGUCAGCUGGGUUAGGAGUCACCUUUGAACGGCCUUUGAACGGCUACAGAGUCCCAUUCGAUAUGGUUGAAGAUGACAAUUCAACUCGAGUGUCCACCGCACGGCGGAUUCCUCCAACCGAGAGACCUCAUAAUGGCUUAUCCAACACAAGUGUCUUCCCCACUCCUAAUGGAGGCCAGGGCCCUACCCCGAACUUUUCGUCCGAUCAAGAAAAGGAGGUCCUCAUACAACGUGCGCAUGAGCAACAUCUCCGUGAGGCAGAGCGCAAACAGAAGGCUUACCUUGAAUCACGGAAGGACAGAAUCCAACGCACGGAAGUAACUGCAGGGAACACUGUGGUUAGCAUCAAAGGUGACCGCAUAAUUGAUUUCAACGUCCCCCGCACUUCUCCGUACGAGGAUAAAAGACAAGAUACCCUAAUUCCGUUGCGUAAACCGCCGCUUGCUCCAUCGGAGUCAAAUACUCUUACCAAAGUCAACUCUCUUAGCAAGAAACCCGAGGAUCUUCGGAUGAGGAAUUCAAAGGAAUUCCAGCCCGAUUUCCACAGGCAAAGUUCCUCAGAUGUCAAAACUAAUUCUCCAGGAAUUGGGUUUGGUCUAGGAGCCGCCUUGGCAAGUGUAGGGAAAAUGUCAGGAGUAAUUGGAACACCGGUGGGAUCAUCUACCGUCCCCAAUCAUCCUUCUGACAGUAUAGGGAGACCGCGGUCCAGCCGCUCUGACUCUGGUGCAAGGUCCUCAGGUACAGCCCCAUUUUCUGAGGAAGAUGGCCCUGCAAAAGAAUCUAUACGUAGCGAGAAUGGCGAAGGUAAUAAUAAUAACGUUAUGCGAAACCCUACCAGCGAAUGGACCAGCCAACCAGAUCAACAACCUGCCGCAACAUCAGAAUCAACACUGCCAUCAAAACCAACAUUACAAACUCGAAAGUCUUACGGCCCUGACUUCGAUUUCCAGGAAUCUACAGUUCCAUUUGCCAAAUCUCCUUUACCGCAAGAGGACUCAGAUGAUGACUCCGAUUCUGGCCUUUUCGCCAAACCUAUAGCACGACCUGCUCCUCCCCAGGCGAAGAGGAAACCGGUUGCAAACAGCUCUAAAGCUGAGGAACUGAAACCAACAUUAAAGGUUAAUACAGAGCCUAGGUCUGUCAAGGGACGCUCUGUGGCUUUCAAAUCGCCAACGACGUCAGGUGCCUCAGGAGGAAAUUUCCCGGCUAGUUCCAUGUUUGAUCCAGCUGAGAAUCAAAACUCUGCUGAUGCUGAUACAAGCAAUCCAUCCACGGAUGACCGCGAGUACGACAGACGUCGUGAAUCAUUUGUCAGGGACGAUAUUUGGGCAAGCAGACCUCCUGUGGAAGGAAUGAUUGAUCAUCUAGAUGACUUCUUCCCAGGCGUUGACCUAGAUGAGCCUUACCUAGAUGGUAAUGGCCAGUCCCCGCCCAUGUCGCCCUCCGGACCAUCCUCUCGAGAUGAAACGGAGCCAGAAGCGGCAGAUACCAGUGCCGCUACUGCACAGGCUACUAGUACAGCAGGAUAUCCAACCACGACAGACCUCCCAGAUGUAUUGGGAUCAGCCGAGUCGACGCUUAAGGCAAAGAGAGUGCCAAGUACCGUCGCGCACCGGAACCUGUCACGCUCAGGAGGGUUAAAUAGAAUGAAAUCCAUUCGUGAAGUGGCAAAGGGAGCCCAUCAAGUAAAUAGACACCAGAGUAUACAAAACAAAGGUGCAGCUGCAUCUGGGAUUCUUCGAAGGAAGAGUACCAAAAUGUUUGGCGCUAAAAUCAUGCAAAUUAGCCCAAAGCCAGGAACGCGGCUGAGUGAUUUAGACCCAAUGCCACAACAGCCAUCAAUGAUACAGCAAGGGAAAAUUCCGCAACGUCAACCUACUUUCCGUAUCAUCAGGGGUCAAUUGAUUGGAAAAGGAACUUAUGGAAGAGUUUACCUGGGUAUCAAUGCCAAUACUGGUGAAAUUUUAGCUGUGAAACAAGUCGAGGUGAACCAAAAAGCCGCCAAUUACGACAAAGACCGCGUGAAAGAGCUAGUUGCCGCAAUGGACCAGGAAAUUGACACAAUGCAGCAUCUGGAACAUCCUAAUAUCGUUCAAUACCUCGGAUGCGAACGAGGGGACCUUUCAAUUUCAAUUUAUCUCGAAUAUAUUCCCGGAGGCAGUAUUGGAAGUUGCCUUCGUAAACAUGGGAAAUUUGAGGAGAGUGUUGUGAAAUCCCUGAACCGUCAAGUGCUAAGUGGUCUUGCGUACCUGCAUGAUCAGGGAAUCCUUCACCGAGAUCUAAAAGCCGAUAAUAUCUUGCUUGACCUUGACGGUGCAUGCAAAAUCUCCGAUUUUGGUAUCUCGAAGAAGAGUGAUAACAUAUAUGGCAAUGAUGUUACCAAUUCCAUGCAGGGUUCAGUCUUCUGGAUGGCUCCCGAGGUAGUCCAGUCCCAAGGUCAAGGGUAUAGCGCCAAAGUUGAUAUCUGGUCACUUGGCUGUGUGGUUCUUGAGAUGUUCGCUGGCCGACGUCCAUGGAGCAAAGAAGAGGCUAUCGGAGCAAUUUUCAAGCUGGGCAGCUUAAACCAAGCGCCUCCUAUUCCCGAGGAUGUUGCGCUUGCCAUUGAGCCUGCGGCUCUUGCCUUCAUGUACGAUUGUUUUACGAUUGAUACUUUUGACCGCCCGACUGCCGAAACUCUCUUGUCACAGCACCCUUUCUGCACGGUUGAUCCAAAUUUCAAUUUCCUUGACACCGAAUUACAUGCCAAGAUCCGACAUGUCCUUUAA